CCACAACAAGGGUUUAUUGUUUUUGGCUCAUCUCUUCCUUCUCUCUCUCUCUCUCUCUCUGCGUGUCGUCUGUCUUCUGAGCUGCCCAUGGCCUUGUCGUCUCUGCUCCAGCCGCAGACCCACUUGCCUCCUCAGCUCCGGGUUUCGGCCUCAGCCUUUUGAGCCCCAUAACCUCCGCCCAAUAGCUCUAUUUACGUGACUAUACCUUCUCAGUCUCAAGAACCCGACAAGACGGCUCCUUCUCUCACUCCAGCUGGGAAGCUGGGCAGAGCUAUGGCUAUGGGGUUCUCCACCACCACUGCCCAGGGCCCUACCUACUGCCCCUCCUUCGUCUUCUCCCGCUCUCGCCCAUGCCGCCGCUUUUUGGUCGGCUCUUCCUCCCCCUCUUCCACUCGUUCCUUCUGGGCUUCCAGAAGAGCCCUCCGCAGGGACGAAGUUGGCAGAAAGGAUGAUGCUAGUUAUGCGUUUCCUAUUUCGUCAUCUACUGGCCCUGCUCGGUUAAAAAGUUCUCUCUUUAGCCCACCAUCUGGUGAAUAUGUUAACAACUGCGAGGAACUUGCCUAUAGAGCUGCUGAGCAUUCCAGAAGACCGCAGAUUCCUGACCAUACUCUUCAGGUUAUAGUCAAUAUGAGAUCUUCAGAUGCUAGAAUGAUAGCUUGCCAGAUGUCUCAGAAUGCUGCUGCGGGGAUUACAAGUCCUCCUGACAGUAGUAGGACAUGGAAGACAGAAGCUGAGCGCAUCAGGGAAUCAAAAGAUGAGAUUUGCAGUAAUUACAUGCAGCGGGAGAAUUCAUCCUCGGCGCCUAGAACCGGAGAAACGCCUGGCACCGGAAACUCAAGGAAUUACAAGCCUAAUGGAUUUGGGCUACAACAUACUCAACGCACUCAUGGUGAAACUCUGAGGAAGUUUGACAAAUUUAAUGACUUUAUUUCGCCACCUGGGAUUGAACUCGAUAUGCAGAAGAUUAUGCAUUUUGAGUCCAAAGAAGCUCUAGUUGUUGGUGCCCCCCUAAUUGAGACAGAUCAAAUUCAGAUGAAGAGCCAACAAUCUACUAAGACUGCUGAAAAUAUUACAACAGUCCGAAGUAGUUCUGAUGGCAGCGGCUAUAAGUUUUCCCCCAAGGCUGCCCCUACUUCCAAAAGCGGUUAUGCCAGGAAACAAGUUUACCGUAGAGUGCAAAAUGCUCAACCCCCAAGGGCAACUUCAAAAACAUACGGUCGACCAGUAGUGGAUGCUCGAAAAACUGUGGAGGAAACUCCUAAGAAGUCUUCUCAACAUAAUGUUGUUGUUCCUUCUCCGGAAAGAUUGGUUGGUACUAGUGUCUUAGUUUCUGAACCUUUUGAAGAUGAAGCAGUCGUUGCCUUUGGAGUUGAUGCUGCCAAGGAUAAAGCCUCUAACACCAGUGAGGAUGUAAGGAAGAAGCUUAGAGGUAUAUAUGAAGAAGUUAUAGUAGUUGAUAACAUCUCAAUGGCAAGAGAAAUUGUACAAAAGUUGACUCACCAGUACAGACAUCUAAUCCAUGCAUGUGAUACAGAGGUGGCUAAAAUCGAUGUGAAGCAAGAAACUCCAGUGGACCAUGGGGAGGUUAUUUGCUUCAGUAUAUACUCUGGACCUGAGGCAGAUUAUGGCAAUGGAAAGUCCUGUGUGUGGGUAGAUGUUCUUGAUGGUGGUGGAAAUGAUCUGUUACUUGAGUUCGCUCCAUUUUUUGAGGACCCUAAAAUAAAAAAGGUUUGGCACAAUUAUAGCUUUGAUAACCACGUUCUUGAGAACUAUGGAAUUAAGCUCUCUGGGUUCCAUGCUGAUACAAUGCACAUGGCCCGGCUGUGGAAUUCAUCAAGAAGAACAGAAGGAGGAUACUCCCUCGAAGCACUCACCGGUGACCGUGAGGUCAUGAGUGGUGCAGCACUAGGCCCUGAGAAGGAACUGAUUGGUAAAAUAUCGAUGAAAACAAUCUUCGGAAAGAAAAAAGUGAAGAAAGAUGGGAGUGAAGGGAAAAUCACCACCUUAGCUCCUGUCGAAGAACUGCAGAGGGAAGAGCAAGAGUUAUGGAUCUCUUACUCAUCCUUGGAUGCGAUAAGCACUCUGAAGCUUUACGAAAGCUUGAGGAACAAAUUGCUUGGAAUGGCAUGGAGGUUUAAUGGAAUGCCACAGGCAGGAAAAUCGAUGUUUGACUUCUAUAAGGAAUAUUGGCGACCCUUUGGUGAGAUUCUCGUUAAAAUGGAAAGGGAUGGCAUGUUAGUUGAUCGCCCGUACCUUGCUGAUAUUGAGAAGCUAGCGAAAGCAGAGCAGGAGGUUGCAGUAAAUAGGUUCCGAAAUUGGGCUUCGAAGUAUUGCCCUGAUGCUAAGUACAUGAAUGUGGGAAGUGAUACUCAACUACGCCAACUAUUUUUUGGUGGCAUUUUGAACAGUAAGGACCCCAAUGAGGCCCUACCAGAAGAGAAGACAUUUAAAAUCACGAAUGAUGAUGGGUUUAUAGAAGAAGGCAAAAAGAAGGCUUCAAAAUAUCGGAACAUCACUCUGCGCAGUAUUGGUGUUAAAUUUCCGACAGAGAUGUACACUGCCACUGGUUGGCCUUCAGUCAGCGGUCCUGCUCUGAAAACUCUCGCAGGGAAGGUUUCUGCAGAGUAUGACUUGAUAGACGAAGCUUCUGAAGUGGAGCAGCUUGAAGAGAGCAAUGAGGAAAUUAUUUCAGAGUCCAAAAUGGAGGGAGUCGUGAGUAAGAAAGUGGAUAUUUCUCAAUAUGGAACAGCUUACGGGGCAUUCCUGGGUGAUGAAGAGGCAGGGAAGGCAGCAUGUCAUGCUAUUGCUGCUCUCUGUGAAGUGUGUUCUAUCGACUCUCUAAUAUCGAACUUCAUUCUCCCCUUACAGGGAUGUAAUGUGUCAGGCAAAGAUGGACGUGUACACUGUUCACUUAACAUUAACACUGAGACUGGGCGUUUAUCAGCUAGGAGGCCCAAUUUGCAGAAUCAACCUGCCUUGGAGAAGGAUCGGUACAAGAUUCGGCAGGCAUUUAUUGCUGCACCAGGAAACUCCCUUAUUGUCGCUGACUACGGACAGCUCGAACUUAGGAUUCUCGCGCACCUUGCCAAUUGUAAGAGUAUGUUGGAUGCAUUCAAAGCGGGUGGAGAUUUCCAUUCAAGAACUGCUCUAAACAUGUACGACCAUAUCCGUGAGGCCGUUGAAAAUGAGGAAGUUCUUCUCGAGUGGCAUCCUCAACCUGGUGAAGAUAAACCCCCUGUUCCACUUUUAAAGGAUGCUUUUGGUUCUGAGAGGAGGAAAGCGAAGAUGCUCAACUUCUCGAUUGCAUAUGGGAAAACUCCCAUGGGACUCGCCCGAGAUUGGAAGGUUUCUGUGGAGGAAGCAAGGAAGACAGUCGAUCUUUGGUACAAGGAGAGGCAAGAAGUGCUCGUUUGGCAGGAGAAGCGAAAGCAGGAAGCAAGGGAACAUGGUCAAGUCUACACUUUGCUGGGACGGGCUCGGAGGUUUCCAUCUUUUUCCCGUGCAUCCUAUGCUCAGAAGGGGCACAUUGAACGAGCUGCCAUUAACACCCCUGUUCAGGGAAGUGCUGCUGAUGUUGCAAUGAGUGCAAUGUUGCAAAUCUUCAAGAACGAACGGUUGAAAGAGCUCGGGUGGAAGCUUCUCUUGCAGGUUCAUGAUGAGGUUAUUCUGGAAGGGCCGAGUGAAUCUGCUGAGGAAGCCAAGGCCAUAGUAGUUGAUUGCAUGUCCAAGCCCUUCUUCGAAGGCGAGAACAUCCUUACAGUCGACCUAUCAGUUGAUGCCAAGUGUGCACAGAACUGGUAUGCUGCUAAGUAAACAACAGAAAAUGGAAAUAAAAUCAAGCACGGGCCACAACUCCGGCUAUAUACCCUUGCUGCCUCGAGAAUAUCUUCCCAACGGGACUGCCCAUGUUCUUCCCCGUGGCUGCUGGGGCAUCCAAGGUUCUGUCUUGCUUGUCGGAUUGGAAGGGUUUCAUUGUGAAAAUGUGUUUACCUCUACGAUGCUGAAGGUUGCAUAGGCUUCUGUGGAUCGAUGAAGCGGGAGAUGGAAGCGGCCUCUUGAGAGCAUUUUUUGCAAUUCUAUUAACCGAAGAUGAGUGAAUUGUGUGGUGUCCCCGGUCAAGCUAACUUGUACAUAGAGUAGACAGAGUUGGUUCCCCUGUAAUUUUGCUGUAUUAAUACUAUGAAUUCUAUUCCAUUGUUUUCACCAUUGGAAA